UUCGUGAUAAAAUCUGUGAAUGCGUAUGAACGUGCAAAGGAGUAGAAAAGGUCCGUUAGCCUCGGUGAUUCGCGCGACGUCACGGUGCUCGUUAACCCGUUAAAAAUCGAGAAAGUGUGGAGCGACGAUUUGUACAGUGAUCUCUCGAUAAUCGAGUGUUACUUAAACGUAGCGUUCGUAACUGGAGCUUAUAGAUCACGGUAUUACGUAUCGAGAAACCGAGACGUUCGUUUGACGAUAUGCAACGAUAACGAAACUACAGACGAUAAUAGGACCAAACACCACACUGGAUACAACAUACCACCGACAGAUGAAUGGGUGACUGUUUAAAAAACUGUCGCGAAUCUCUAGUGACCAAGACGGUAGUGAACACGGGUUGAGACGGAAACGGAAACGGAAACGGAAUCGUAAACGAAGAAAAUGUGGCAGAAGCAAUAGAAUCAAUUCCGACGAAAAGGAUUCAUAAUGGUAAAAAAUCUGAUUUGCCAUGGACGAAGGAACAUCCCAAGAUGUAAGUACCUCGGUACAUGGUGGUAAACCCACGAGGAGCGAAAGGCGGUAAGGAAAGAGCGAAGAACACAGAGGAAGGGAGAGAGAGAGAGAUCUCGAAAUGAAAAUCGGAGGAUCGCGUGGCGAGUUUCGAAUGUAGUUAGUUGAAUGAGAGAUAGAAAGACUUGGAGGGCUUGUCCGGAUGGGAGUAGUUGCUAGAUCAUCGAUUCCUUUGGGCAGCUCGAGGUCGUGGCAACGAGUACGAGGAGAAAGAAAAGGACAAAGACUGUGUUCAUCUCGUUUGAACGUGGAAAAAUCGUGCGCGCAGUGGUUGGUCGAACGAUGGCGGCAACCACCGGCAGAUACGGUGGUAUGGAGAUGAGGCACUCUAGAAGCGAGGAUUUACUCGGCGUGAUAUCCGGCUCACGUUCCCCGAGUCCUAGCCUGCCUUUGACCAGCACCGCCUCCGAGGACGACUUGAUCGCGGCCAGCGCCCUCCACGAGGCUACCGACGCGAAACCACCACCGUGUUCGUUGUUGUCCUCGAGGGUCGGAAGACCAUCAGGUGUGCCUGCGGAUCGUAUCGAUCCUGAAGAUUCUAUUAGGGAUAUCGUCACAGAAAAUGAUCUUUACAGAUUCGUGUUGUUCAAGCGCCAUUACGACAAAUACGUUGCCCUGGCCGCGAAGUACGAGGAAGCAAAGGGUAUCGCGUACUACUUGGAAGAACGGUACCACGAAGUCAAGGCUGAGAGGGACAAGUUGGAGGAGACUCGACGGGUCCUAGAGAAGCGAAUGGAAGGCUGCGAAACCGACCUUCGCGGCAAAGAGGACGAACUGUUUCUGCAAUUAGAGCGAAGUCUCCGGCUGGAGGAAGAAGUGGAAAGAGCUAAAAGUGAACGGGACAGCUGCGUAGCGGCACGGGAUCGUCUGGAGAGGCAGCGUGAGGUGACUUUGCGUCGUCUACAGAUGCAACUGGCCCAGAACGAGAUUACGAGACAAACUCUGGAACGAGCUCGACAGGAUGUCGUCAGGCAGGCCACGGUGAUUCGCGCUGAACGGGAUGCUCUUGAGAGAGAGAAUGAAAUAUUGAGGGAAAAGUUACGCGUCGAGCAAGGGGAAUUAGGAGAAGAAAGACGCAGACGAGAAGAAGGCGUCGCAGCCCUGACUCGAGAAACGAUUACGCUGAGACACGCCGCGAGACAUCUACGUGCAGCGACUCUUCACGCCACGUCUUGCCGCCGCCGUCGGCGAUGCUCUGUUUGUUUGUACGCGCGCCGCACUUUUGCGGAGAUUGAUGAUUAUCGCGACGACGGCAAUCUUUUCAAGUGCCUUCAAGCGCCGCUGCAGGAUCUACGAACUUGGUUACGACCUAGCGCAACGCCAACAACAACAACAACAACAUCGUCGUCGCGUGGACAGAGGACCGGUUCGCCAUUGGCCGAUCGAGAAAUAAGCUUCAUCGAUGAUUCCAGCGUGGACAGUAGCGCCGGAGGGAGCAAUCGCAGCAGCAGUAGUACAACUAGCAGUAACAGUGUCUCGGACGACGAAGCGUAUCCCAGCACGCCGGUCGCUGAAAUAUCCCUAUCAUCGGCCAAUUCUAGCGCCCCACCUACGGCUCGAGCCUUCUCUUCCGGUUCAGGGGUCUCUUCGGAAAUCGGAGAUCGAAGAUCACGAUGUUACGACAACGGGGGUAGCAGCACCAACACCGGCACCAGCACCAGCACCAGCACCAGCACCAGCACCAGCACCAGCACCAGCACCAGCACCAGCACCAGCAGUGGUAAAAGCAGCAGAAAGAUCAGCGAAUCGUUGUGCUACAGCGAGCCAGACGAGCAAUGUACCACCGGAGGAUUCAAUCGGUCGAGAUGGACCUCGUCGUUCCGCAGGCUACUCGGACGGAAACCGAAGUGCAAGUCCACACUUGAUCGUUCCUCAUAAAGAAACGAAGACUGAGAAGCGCGCCAAGGCAUCGUGCACGAAACACGUAGUGCGAAAUCACCGUGAAAUCUAGUGCCCCCGCCCUUCGGUCGUCCUCGUCGUUAUAACUAUUAAAAUUAUCAGCUUUGACCGGUGAAACAUUCCCCACGAAUACCAUCAAAACGUUAGACACCAAUUCCAUAACUGCCAGCGUAUUGAUAUUAACGCGAUCGUAGAUAUCUUCCUAGUAGUAAUAUCGAUUCGAAAAUGCAUUAACGACCAGAAAUUUCGACCUACAGUUAAUCCAGAAACUUAUCCUCGCAAAUGAUCGAUCCCGAUCGUUGUACUAGUACUAUACUGUCCCCCUUAGGUAAUGCCCCUUGGCUAAUUGGUCGACCGUCAAGACUCGUUACUUUACGUAGGAAUUGAAUUUUAAACAAUUAUCAACGCUAUCGAUCGAUCGAUCGAUCGUCCA